AUGGCCCUGUCCAUUUCCGAGGCUCAGGCUGAGCUGAUCAACUCGUUGGCUCCCGACGAUAUCCCACACAAACUACGAUGCGCCAACUGCAGCAAGCUGGCUGUCAACGCCCUACGGCUGCCAUGUUGUGAACAAGCCAUCUGCGAAACAUGCCACUCGAACCUCCCCCAGUCAUGCCCCGUUUGCGAGCAUUCUCCGUUAUCCGCUGCGGAUUGUAACCCCAACAAGUCUCUGCGCACUACCAUCAGAGUGUUCCUGCGCACAGCGGAGAAGAAGCGAGAGGCAUCUCGGCCAAAGGAAUCCAAUGACUCUACGCCUCCGACACCGGUCGAUGCACCGAAACCAUUGCUACCCGACGAGAGAGCCUCGACCUCUGUAGAAGGGCCGGUCGAGAAGGCAGUCGAUGCUAGUGGAGAAGCGCCUGCACAAGAUACGGAUACGGCGCCGCAGCAGGCUGAUGAGCCAGUCACUGGCCACGAAGAGGAGAAACAGCAUGAGACGGCACUAAUCAGCGCGGAAGAGCCCUUGAAAGAGCAACCAAUUGCUUCUCCUGAAGCUCAGGAAACCGAGGGCCCCGCAGAGGAAGGCGAUGGCGCGGCCAACAGUCAAGAGCAAGACGCGGUUGCCGAGGGUGACGAUGGUGCCGACCAAACCGGCAACGACCAAGAGCAAUAUGGUGCAUCUGAUGCAGCGAACGGUGGAUUUCAACAGAACAUGAUGUUUCCUGGUGGAGAUUUCAACCAAAUGCAAAUGAUGAUGGCCAUGCAAAAUGGAAUGGGGCCCAAUUCCUUUGGUGGGUUUCCUAUGAUGGGCAUGCCGGGAAUGGGCAUGGACCCGAUGCAGAACAUGUACAUGAACGGAGGCUUUCAAGGCAUGGGCAUGAACGGCAUGGGGGGCUUUGGAGGAGGAUUUGGACAAGGCUCCAAUGAUAACUGGAACGGCAUGGGAACUGGUGACUUUGGGAAUUUUAACUCAGGAUUCCAGACAGGAUACAAUCAAGGUAAUUAUGGCCACUUCAAUGAUUAUCGUCGCAACAACUACGGUCGUGGCCGUGGGCGCGGCCGCGGAUUCUAUGGGGGGUAUGGCCGGGGUGGCUACCAUCAACAAGGCGGCGCCAUGAACUAUCAUGACCAGGGCCAAUAUUCCCAGUACAACCAAGGACAAGGGGCAGCAGCCUUCCAAGGCCAAGGUGACGCUGGGCAGCAACUGACUUCGACGGCGGCAAGUGCUCAGGCUGACGAGAAUGCCAACGAAGGCGCAAGCCAGGCCAAGGCAUCGGAUGCCCAAGGUACUGACGGGUCCAAACAAGAUCCCUCCGAAUCUGCAUCUCGUGAGACCCUAGGCAAUGAAGCUUUUCCCGCCGGCACCAUGCGCCCGUCAACAGCCCAAUCAGACGGAUUUAGUAUGCAGAACCGAAAUGGUGUUGCGGCCAUCCGCUCCAUUUUGACGGCGCCGGAUGCACCUAUUAAUGCUCCCAAGGGCCCCAAGGCCAUGCGUCAAGGAUUGCCUAAUACUAGCCUGCUGAAUCUGCGAGCCAGGGGUUUCCAAGUUGAAGAUAGUGGCUUGCCGGUGCAAAAACCAGCUGCCGUCAUAUCACAGCCGCCACAGGCAUCGCCGUCGAACCCAACUACUCAACCGGGCUCUAGAAGUAGUACCCCUAACCUUGACAAAGUGCGAGACCGUGAUCCCCAGCGUGAUCGCAGCAAGGAGCGACCCAAAGAUCACGAUAAACGUGAUAGAGGGGGGCCAACUGAAGACCCCAAUGGCGCUCAGGAGCGAGACCGGGAGCGAGACCGAGUAGAUCGCGACCGAGGCAGAGAGCCAGAGCGCUCCGGCUCGAGAAUUAGUAGUAGAAGCCGAAGCCUAGACCGCAGCAGCCGCAGCCCAAGUCGCAGCCGUGGACAUAGGGGCUCCCACAGGCGACAGCGGCGUCAGCCAUCCGAGUCUGUAGGAGAGGAAGACAAGGACGACUCUUACCGCCGGAAGAAACAUCGGAGCAGUAGAAGACAUUACUACGACGAGGAUGAUGAGCAGUCGUCUCAACGGCCAAGGGAGGAUAAAGCAGUUGAGCGAUCCAGAUCGGCCUCUCCCGAUGAUGCCAAACGCUCCAGCCACCGCAGCCGCAAAGAUAAGGACAAGGACCGAGACUACGAGCGGCGCAAGGACAAACGUCACGACAAGGAGAGAGAGCGCGACAAGGAUAGCAGCAGUGGCCGCAAGGAGAAGGACCGCAAGGACCGAUACCGAGAUCGGGAUCGAGAGCGAGAUCGUGACCGAGACAGGGACCGAGACCGAGACCGAGACUACGGCAGCCGACACGGAAGUGGCAGUAGGAAGCACUCGGUUGAUGGCACUGCCACUCCCAGCGGCGACAAGGGCUUUGACCCGCCCACGGGCCCGCGUGGCUUUGACAUCAAGGGGGGCCCUCGAGGUACCGGGGCCGGCUCCGCCCCGCAGAAAGACGCGCAUACUCUGGAAAGAGAAGCGCGGAAUCGCGAGCGUCUGCUGAAAGAAGCCCAGCGCAUGGCCGGGCUCGCGGGACUGGCGGGCUCGAAACGUAGCCGAGACGAUGCCGAUGACGGGGGCCGCAAGGGGCGACGCAGCCGGCGCAACGACAUUGUCGACGGGGACGGCGAGGAGCGGAUGCGGAGGUUGGAGGCUGAGAGGGAGGGAGGACGCUGGGGUUAG